AUGCCCUUCAACACUGCUCUUACGCGUAAACUUGGGAUCAAAAUCCCCGUGGUCCAAGGAGGCAUGAUGUGGGUGGGCUAUGCAGAGCUCGCCAGUGCCGUCUCAAACGCAGGAGGUUUAGGCAUUCUUACAGCACUCACACAGCCAUCCCCUGAAGAUCUGAGAAAGGAGAUUCGAAGAUGCCGAAAGAUGACCUCGAAACCUUUUGGUGUAAACUUGACUCUACUCCCCGCCCUUCAACCUCCGGAUUAUCCUGCCUACGCUCGCGUUAUCAUUGAGGAAGGCAUCCGAAUCGUCGAGACAGCAGGCAAUAACCCUGCACCUGUCAUCAAGCAAUUGAAAGCCGCCAACCCUCCCAUCAUCAUCCUGCACAAAUGUACCACCGUACGUCACGCCUUGUCUGCCAUGAAGCUCGGAGUCGACUUCCUUAGCAUCGAUGGAAUGGAAUGCGCUGGACACGUUGGCGAGACGGACAUUACAAAUUUCAUCCUUCUCUCAAGAGCUCGUCAGGAACUCAAGAUUCCCUUCAUCGCCUCGGGUGGAUUUGCUGAUGGUCAGGGUCUUGCUGCUGCACUUUCCCUCGGAGCCGAAGGCAUCAACAUGGGCACAAGAUUCAUGUGCACAGUAGAAGCUCCCAUCCACCAAAACAUCAAAGAGUCGAUCGUCAAGGCACAAGAAACAGAUACCGAGCUAGUCCUUCGACGAUGGAAAAACACCAGCAGAAUGUUCUCCAACAAGGUCGCAAGAGACGCCAUCAAGAUUGAAAGAGAAAGUCCAACUGGUAAAUUCGAGGAGGUCGCUCCCUACGUCAGUGGAAAGCGAGGCAGGGAGGUCUUCUUGAACGGAGACCCAGAGCACGGUGUUUGGACCGCUGGCCAAGUCAUUGGUUUGAUUCACGAUAUCCCGACAUGUGCAGACCUCGUCUCACGUAUCGAGCGCGAAGCUCUAGAGACCAUCAACAAGGCGAAGUCGCUAUACGUGGAUGAACUCCCUGAGAGCGAUAUGGAGGGAAAGCCCAUCCAGGACCCUUCGGCCAAACCCAAGAGCGAGCACGGCACUGUAGGAUCGAAGGAGAACAACCCCGAGGCUCAAGUAUGGGGCAUUGGCAAGAGUAAACUCUAG